AUGGCAGAGGGACAGGACGAACCCAAAAAAAUUACUAUUACAGUGAAAACACCGAAAGAAAAACAGCAAGUAGAGAUUGAUGAGGAUGCUGACGUUAAAAAACUCAAGGAAGUGUUGUCCCCUAAAUUCAGUGCAGAGCCGGAGCAGUUAUGUCUCAUAUUUGCCGGAAAAUCUUGAACGAUGCCGACACCCUGAAACAGCACAACAUCAAGGACGGGCUGACAGUCCAUCUCGUGAUAAAGACUCCUCCGAGGCCCGAGCCUGAGGGCGCUACACGUCGCCCUCCAGCUGAUGUUGGUGCUACCCCAUUUGGUUUAAAUUCAUUGGGUGGAUUAGCAGGCCUAGAGAGUUUGGGUCUUGGCCAGAGCACUUUUAUGGAUUUACAGGCUCGUAUGCAACAAGAACUCCUGUCCAACCCAGACAUGUUGAGACAAGUGCUGGACAACCCACUGGUGCAACAGAUGAUGAAUGACCCCGAGAACAUGCGAACACUCAUCACAUCCAACCCACAGAUGCAGGAUCUUAUGGCAAGGAAUCCAGAGAUAAGCCACAUGCUGAACAACCCUGAGCUUUUGCGGCAGACUAUGGAGUUGGCUCGCAAUCCCGCCAUGUUGCAGGAACUCAUGCGAUCUCAUGACCGCGCCCUCUCCAACUUGGAAAGCAUACCUGGUGGCUACAAUGCAUUGCAGCGCAUGUACAGAGACAUCCAAGAGCCAAUGUUGAAUGUAGCUAGCAGUAUGGCAGGCAACCCCUUCUCUGGACUAGUUGACAACUCUGACGGUACAAACCCGCAACAGGGAGCUGAGAACAGGCAACCGUUACCCAACCCUUGGCAGCGCGGUGGUGGUGGUGGUGGCGGCGGCGGCGGGGCCGCGGGGACCGGCGGCGGCACGGCGACGGCGGGCACCGGGCCCGGCCUCAUCAACACGCCGGGCAUGCAGUCGCUGCUGCAGCAGAUGUCGGAGAACCCUCGUCUCGUGCAGUCCAUGCUGUCCGCGCCCUACACCAACACUAUGCUCCAGGCCCUCGCUGCUGACCCUGACAUGGCAUCCCAGCUUAUUAACCAGAAUCCGAUGUUCGCGAACAACCCUCAGCUACAAGAACAGAUCCGCACAAUGAUGCCGCAAAUGUUAGCACAGUUACAGAACCCAGAAAUGCAGCAGAUGAUGUCCAACCCACAGGCCCUGAACGCAUUACUCCAGAUCCAGCAAGGGUUGGAGCAGCUCCGCACUGCAGCGCCGUCACUGGUGGGCAACCUGGGGCUGGGCGUGGGCAAUGCCACGGCCACCCCCACCACCACGCCGCCAGCCCCGGCCGCGCCGCCCAAUGCACCCCCGCGCCAACAACAGAACUCUGAACUCUUCACGCAGUUCAUGCAGCGAAUGAUGUCGGCCAUGGCGAAUAAUCAGACGAAUUCAUCACAGCCGCCCGAGCAGCGCUACUCGCAACAACUUGAACAACUUACGGCUAUGGGCUUCCUUAACCGGGAAGCGAAUCUGCAAGCACUAAUCGCGACAUUCGGCGAUGUGAACGCGGCGGUGGAGAGGUUACUAGCCCUCGGCCAGUUGUCCAUGAGCUAA